GGGGCAAGAGCCUGCCUCCCAGCGUCCCCGGAGAGGUCUACCCCGAUGAUGCUGGAGGACACCGUCCUGAGCCCCAUGGCCAGCAAAGAAGACCGGGCGCUGACCGUGCACGGGGGAGGCCGGCGGGCCUCACCCAUCCCCGUGCCUGCCCGCGUCCGAGAGAUAGUGGCUGGCAGCCUAGGCGAGGAGCCGCCCCAAGGGGUGCGGGAGCCGCCAGCCGCCGCGGCCCACGUGCGGGAGGAACACGAGCUCCUGCGGGAGGAGCCGUCCCGGCUGGAGGAGCUGCUGGCCCAGGCGGGGGCCGAGCCGGACGAGCUGGCCGGCAGGCACCACGCGGUCAGCGAGCGGCUGCAGGCCCGGCUGGAGGCCACCGAGGCGCGGCUGCGGGGGUCAGAGCAGGAGCUCAGCGUCGACCUGGAGGAAGCCCUCGGCCAGCUAGAGGCUGCCGAGCAGAGGAGCAUUGGCCUCUCCCAGGUGAACACCCUCCUGCAAGAACAGCUCGGACACAUGAAGAAGGCCAACGACACGCUGGCCCAGGAACUGGCCGGGACGACGGGCAGCGUGCUCCGUCUGCGGGCCGAGCUGGAGCUGCGGGAGAGGCAGCGCUGGACCCAGAGAGAGACUCGCGCCGGGGGGCACCAGGAGGUCCUCCUCCUGCAGAGGCAGGUCACAGCCCUCCGUGGACACCUGGCUGAGCUGUGUGCGGCCACCGAGAGGGGCCUCGCUGACAUGACAGUGGACGCAGCCAGGACGGCCCAGCGCCUGCACGCGGCCUGCCUGAACCUCGGCUCCAACCUGCGGCUGACGGCCAGCCGCGCAGCCAGCGCCCUGGCUCAGCAGCUGCAGGACACGGUGCGGGAGAUGCUGCAGCUGCAGGGUCACUGGGACGCCGAGGAGGUGGCCCUCCAGGCCAGACUCCGGGAGCAGACGUUGCUGGUGGGGAAGCUCACAGAGCAGAACGCAGACAGGGAGGAAACCAUCUCCUCCCUCGGAACGGAGGUUCGGGAACUGCGCCCGCCGCCAGCAGGAGUCCCAUCGCGGUGGAGGCCGGCCCUGGGAGACUCGAGGGCUGAGGUCCAAUCCCUGCAGCUCACCUCGGACAGCACCACAAAGGUGGCGCAGGCAGACGCGGGGUGCCCGGAGCCAGCCUGCGGCGGCGGCACCCAAGGCCGGGAGGCGCAGGGCCAACCAAGGAGCCCCCCACGGGCCGCGUCCCCCGCACGGGCCUGCCCCCCGGCCGCCCCGGACCCUGUGCUGCGGGCUGGGCAGGUGGCCAUUGAGCAGGAGCUGUGCCAGCGGCCGGAAUCCUCCGAGGCAGCGGCCGCCGGGCUCCACGAGCAGCCGUCCGAGAGCCAGCGGCAGCUGCGGGCCUCGCGGAGGCUCCUGCAGAAGCAGGCCCGGGAGCGCCAGGGCGUCCCGGGCAAGCUGGGGGCGCAGCGCUGCCGGGAGUCCAGCGAGCUCCCGGGAAGCCUCAUCGCAGGGGUCCGGGUGCCUGGGGAGACAGCAGGCCCCGCCCACGGCGGCCGGCCCCCACCGCCACCCAGACACCCACUCCAAGUCCGGCCCAGCGCCACCCCCGGGGCAAAUCCACCACCCUGGGCCCAGCCGAGAUGGGUGCCCCAGCGUGUGUGCACGCACUCCUCACCCAGGCGCGUGGGCCGGGUCUCCGCUGACAGCGACCUAGCGCCCGCUGCCCUCUGGUUUCUGGGUCUCAGUCAAGGGCGCCUGGAGCAGCUGGAGGAGAAGGUCUCGGAGCUCGAGAAGCAGCUGGUGUCAUCCCAGGAGGUGCUGAACACAGCACGGCUGCAGGGGGACGUCCUGGAGAGCGAGGGGGAGGGUCCGCGCAGCGCCCUGGCCCGGGCCGAGUCCAGCAAAACCGACCUGGAACUGCUCGCGUGCCAGCCCAAGGCGGAGGCGGUGGGACAGAGGCACUCCCCCGCUGACAUAGGGCCGGCUCAGGACAAAGGCUCCCGGAGCCACCGGGUCCUGCAGGUGAGACGAGGGCCCAGGGGGACGGACCUUGCCCGAGCCUCGCUUCCCCAGAGUGGCUGGUGUGGGGGGCGGGCCCUGCACACGGACCCCUCCCCGCCCCUCUGGCAGCAGCUGGCGCGGGCAGAGCAGCGGUUGGAGCUCGUGCGGGCCGAGCGGAGGGGCCUGCAGCAGGCCUGCGAUCGCCUGGAGGGGCGGCUGGAGAGACUGGAGGGGCAGGUGGUUUGGCUCCGGCAAGAGCGGGCCCAGCUGUGGGAGCAGGUGGGCCAGGUCACAUGCAAGAAACAGGCCUUGGAGGAGCAGCUGGCCCAGAGCAUGCAGGACCAGGAGGCCCACAUGGAUGAUCUCCAGAGGGCCCUGCAGGAGAAGGAGGCUUUGUCUGAAGAGUGGACCCAGCUGCUGGCCAAGCAGGAGGCCCUGGAGAGGCAGGGCCAGCUCACAGCUGAGGAGGCAGCUGACCUCAGGGCCCAGAGGGACCCCCUGGAGAACAGUCUCUUUGAGGCCCAGCAGCUGGUGUCACAGCUGCCGUCACAGCAGGAGCAGCUGGAGGGAGAGGCCCAGAGUGCGAGGCUGGCCCGGCAGGCCCUGCGAGUGCAGAUGGAGCAGCUGAAGAGCACCUGGGAGGUCCAGGAGACGAAGCUGCCGGGGAACACGGGGCGGCUCUUGCAGCACGUGGUUCAGCGGGAGCAGGACGCGCAGCUGGCCCUGGAUAGCCAGGCGCUGGCCCCCCUCGAGGACCUAACCCGGCUCCAGAGGGAGAAGGAGACCCCGAGUCUGUCUCUGACGGAGGAGAAGGAAGCGGCUGCACGCAGGCUGGAACAGGAGAAGGAGCUGGCGGCAAAGAGUGCAGCCAAGAGGGAGGCUCUGAAGGAGGAAAUGCAGAGCCUGCAGCGCGCGCGGGAUAAGAGUCUGCCUCGUCUGGAACGUGAGAUGCAGCAGGCCCCGUCUCUGAGAGAAGCGGAGACCAGCCAGCUGAGGGAGGAGCUGUCCAGGGCCACGUGGGAGCUGGAGCUGGUGCAACAGGAGGCCCAGGGCCGGCAAGAGCGAGCCGAGGCCACCAUCAGCGCCACGACCGCAGACCUGAAGGCCCUGCAGGCCCACUUUGAGGACGCCAUCUCGGCCCAUCAGAGGGAGGCCAGGGCUCUGGGCGAGAGGCUCCGGGAGAUGGCGGCCCAGCGGAGCAGCGCCAGGAGAGAGGCCGAGAGGCUGCGGGCACAGCUGGACGAGGCCCAGGAGGGGCUGGCCGCCCUGCGCCGAGAGCUGCAGGGCAGCGAGGAGAGCCGGGAGACCCUGCACAGGGAGGCCCGGGACGCCCGCCGGGCGCUGGAGGAUGAGGCCCGAGAGAAGGACAUGCUGCGGGAUUCCAACACCGAGCUGCGGGCCGCCAUCCGCAGAGUCGAGCACGAGAAGGCCAGCUUUCAGCGUUCCAGGGACGAGAAGGCACAGAGGGUGCUGGUCCUGGAGGAGGCCCGGGCAGCGGCUGAGAAGGAGGCCGGCAAGCUGCGGACCCUUCUGCAGGGGACGGAGCAGGCAUGGGCAGGCGCCCGCCGGCAGCUCCAGGAGCUGCGCAGACAGGUGACGUCACUGGAGGCCGAGAACCAGAGGAAGAGCCACGAGCUGCGCUGGCUGCAGCAGCAGAGCCGGCAGGAGGUGCUGCAGCUGCAGAGGCUGGCGGCCGAGGCACAGGCGGCCAGAGAGGGCCGCCAGAGGGAGGUCCUGAGGCUGCGGCAGACGCUGGCGGCGGUGGAAGGCAGGGCCGAGGCCCGGGAGGAGCGCCUGGCGGGGCGCCUCCGCGAGAGCCGGGGCGCCGAGCGGAGCCUCCGGGCCCAGCUGCACGGUGUCACCAGGAAGCUGCAGCAGGCCAGCAGCGCGGCCGCCGGCCUCCAGGCUCGCCUGGACAGGGCCUGCCACCGGGCCGGCAGUCUGGAGCAGGAGCUGGCCCGGGCCGGGGGCGCCAGGCGGGAGGCGGAGGCCCAGCUGGGCCGGCUGCGGUCCACGCUCUGCCUGGGCCUGGGGCUCCGGGGACAGAGCCCCACGGCCUCCCCCACCAAAGGCUCGGGGGGCACCCGGGGCUGCCCCGGGCGGCCCCGCUCGCCGCUCCGAUGGCCCUCGCCUGCCCCGCGAGACCGCAGCACAGAGGGGGCUGUGGCCUCCGUGAGGGACGCCCUGAGGGACUUGGCGCAGAAGCUGCAGGACGCCCUGAGGCAGCGGGAUGCCUGGCGCUGCCAGGUGGGCAGCCUUAGCAGCCGGCUGAGCGAGGCCGAGAGGGAGCGUGCCCGAGCCCAGAGCCGCGCGGGGGAGCUGCAGAGAGCGCUGGCCAAGGCAGAGGAAGGCCGGCGCCAGGCGGAGGGUGAGCUGAGCAGCUCCCAGGCUGUGCGGGCCCUGCAGGAGGAGGUGCCCCCGAGGCUGGAGCACCUGGCAGGCGCGGAGGAACGGAGGCUCCAGAAGCACGUGGAAACGAGGCACCAGGCCCUGGACGAGAGCAGGAGGCACAGGCAGGGCCUGGCCCAGAGGGCGCUGCUAGAGGAGAAGGUCGCCACCCCCGGAGCGCAGGUGAGGGGGGCCCUGCGGCAGGUCCAGAAGGUGGAGCUGGAGCAGGCCUAUGCCCGGCGGCUCCGGGAGCUGGCCACCCAGCACCAGCGAGACCUGGCGGUGGGGGCCAAGCAGCUGCACGGGGCCCAAGUACAGGCCGCACAGGCCCUGGCCUCCCGAGAGAGGACCCACCAGCAGCGGGUGAAGGUGCUGGAGAAGCAGGUGGCCAGCCUGAAGGAGCAGCGAGACCAGGAAGUGCAUCAGCGGCGACGAGCCUGCCUCAGCCAGGCCUUCCGGGCCAAGAACUCUGUAAACAUGGGGAAACACGUGGAAAACAUUUCCACCAACUGGAGCCAAAAACAUAAUGUCCCGCAGGGCCCAGCUACCACAUCCCUGCACACAGGGGCGGCAGGACCUCCGCCUGAGGGUCUGUCCCGGAACUGCUUUGUGGACAAGGCACCUCCUCCGGGCUGGCCCCACACGGGCGGCUGGGGACCCACGGAGGUGGAGGACGAGGAGGAGGAGGAGGAGGACGAUGGCCCCGGCCGCAGGGCGCGCCCGCAAAGCCCUCUCCUCGCCGGCCAGGACACCUCCGGGGGGGCGCGGGGCCGUGGCUGA